AUGAGUUGGGGUGGAUUCAAAAAAGCCAUUAACCGUGCUGGUAACAGUGUCUUGAUCAAAAAUGUCGAUAAAACCGUUGACAAGGAAUACGAUAUCGAAGAACGUCGUUAUAAGACGCUUGAGAGGGCCGGAAAAGAAUUGCAGAAAGAAGCCAAGGGCUACUUGGACUCGCUGCGCGCAGUGACUGCCUCACAAGUAACAAUCGCGGAGGUCAUUUCAAACCUGUACGACGACUCGAAGUCCGUGAGCGGUGGGGGCUAUAACGUAGGCAACUAUUACUUACAGUGCGUUCAGGACUUCGAUUCCGAGACCGUCAAACAGCUGGACGGGCCAUUCCGGGAAACCGUACUGGACCCAAUUACCAAAUUUUCCACAUACUUCAAUGAAAUUGGUGAAGCCAUCAAGAAGAGAGAUCACAAGAAACAGGAUUAUGAUGCAGCCAAGGCGAAGGUGCGUCGACUAAUCGACAAACCUGCAAAGGACGCUUCCAAGCUUCCAAGGUCGGAAAAGGAGCUCUCAUUGGCCAAAGAUAUUUUCGACAACCUAAAUGAACAGCUCAAGACCGAGUUGCCGCAGCUGGUGUCUUUGAGAGUGCCCUACUACGAUCCCAGUUUUGAAGCUCUCGUUAAAAUACAGCUUCGAUUUUGCACUGAAGGUUAUACACGACUUGCCCAAAUUCAGCAGUACCUUGACCAGCAAUCCAGAGACGAUUAUGCUAAUGGCCAGCUAGACGAGAAAAUUGCGGAACUUCUUCAGCAAAUGAAUAAUCUCAACAUCUGUGCCCUUGGCUUCAAGUGA